GCGGAGUAGAUAGGCCAAACAAUAACUGCAUCUCAUCGACUACAUGACGCAAACGCACAAGGCCAUUUUAGCACGGUACACUAGAACCGUUAGAAAACUCUUCAUCUGUUGUUCAUCUUUCUGAAUGUGACGGACUCUGUGCUGAAUUCAGCUGGGUUGUAUCUUUAGUCAUCAUCUCUACUGUUUACUUUGUAUUUUGGGGAAAUGACGGUCUCCACUUUAUUUCUGCCCUACAAUCAGCAGUGUAAAAUCACCCCAGCCUAGACAACAGGCUUAACUGUACCCCGCAGUGUCCAGUGUCAUCAACUGGCCAUUCAUGACCUCCAUUUUUUGAUGACGUCUAGCUCUUGUUCCUUUGGAGUUUGAAGCCACGAACUGUAAAUUGCUUUGGAAAAAAGUUUCUGCCAAAUAAAUUUAAUUAGGUAGCCAUAAUGGCGAAACUUAAAGAGGAGCUCUGGAAAACUCUGCAUGAUUUGAAGGAAGAUGAGUUUGAGAAUUUCAAGUGGUUCCUGAAGGAGGAUGGCAUCCUGGAGGGCUUGUCAGGCAUUCCUGUGUAUCAGCUGGAGAAGGCAAAAAGGCAGGACACGGUGGAUCUCAUGGUACAAAAAUAUCCAGGUUCUGGAGCUCUGAAGGUAACCUUGAAGAUUUUAGGAAACAUCGACAGGAAUGAUCUGGUGCAGCGCCUUCAAAACUUCCGCUUGGAGCCGAGAAAUGUUGCUAAGAAAGAAGAGUAUAAGGGAGAGAAGCCCAAGCUCCAGUGGGUGCAGCAGUUUGCAGUGGAUGUGACUCUGGAUCCUGAUACAGCACAUCCUCACCUCAUCAUGUCUGGUAACAGGAAACAAGUACACCAUGGUGACGUGAGGAAGAAACUCCCAAACAACCCUGAGAGAUUUACCAGAUGUGUGAACAUCUUAGGAAAGCAGAGUUUCUCUUCAGGAAAAUUUUACUACGAGGUUCAGGUUAAAGGGAAGACUGCCUGGGCUUUGGGAGUGGCCAAAGAAUCAAUCAAGAGGAAAGUCCAGAUCACAGCAAGUCCAGAGAAUGGCUAUUGGACCAUAAUGCUGACAAAUGAAGAUGUGUAUGAAGCUAAUGAUGAUGAUCCUGUCUGUCUGUCUCUGACUCAGCCUCCUCAGAAGGUGGGAGUGUUUGUGGACAUUGACGAGAGUCUGGUCUGCUUUUAUGAUGUAGAUUCUGCAGAUCUUAUCUACUCCUUCACUGGCUGCUCCUUCACUGAGAAACUCUACCCAUUCUUUACUCCUUUCACUAAUGAUGGUGGUGUAAACUCUGCCCCUCUGAUCAUCUCUCCUGUCAAUCAGGAGACACAUGACACUGGUGACCAAAAAGAACUUGAAAGAAAAGCGCCUGAGCUGAAGAGCGCCCAACAGUUUGCAGUGGACGUGACUCUGGAUCCUGAUACAGCCCAUCCUCACCUCAUCCUGUCUCGUGAUGGGAAACAAGUGCGUCAUGGUGAUGUGAAGAAGAAACUACCAAACAACCCUGAGAGAUUUAAGAAAUGUGUGAGCAUCUUAGGGAAGCAAGGUUUCGCUUCAGGAAAAUUUUACUUUGAGGUUCAGGUUAAAGGGAAGACUGCCUGGACUUUGGGGGUGGCAGAGCAGUCAAUCAAGAGGAAAGUCCAGAUCACAACAAGCCCUCAGCAUGGCUACUGGACUAUCAGGCUGAGAAAUGAAAAUGACUAUGAAGCUAAUGAUGAUGAUCCUGUCUGUCUGUCUCUGAAUCAGCCUCCUCAGAAGGUGGGAGUGUUUGUGGACAUUGACGAGGGUCUGGUCUGCUUUUAUGAUGUAGAUUCUGCAGAUCUCCUCCACUCCUUCACUGGCUGCUAUUUUACUGAGAAACUCUACCCAUACUUCAGUCCCUGUACUAAUGAUGGUGGUGUAAACUCUGCCCCUUUGAUCAUCUCUCCUGUCAAUCAGGAGACACAUGACACUGGUGACCAAAAGGAACUUGAAAGAAAAGCGCCCGAGCUGAAGAGCGUCCAACAGUUUGCAGUGGACGUGACUCUGGAUCCUGAUACAGCCCAUCCUCACCUCAUCCUGUCUCGUGAUGGGAAACAAGUGCGUCAUGGUGAUGUGAAGAAGAAACUACCAAACAACCCUGAGAGAUUUAAGAAAUGUGUGAGCAUCUUAGGGAAGCAAGGUUUCGCUUCAGGAAAAUUUUACUUUGAGGUUCAGGUUAAAGGGAAGACUGCCUGGGAUUUGGGGGUGGCAGAGCAGUCAAUCAAGAGGAAAGUCCAGAUCACAACAAGCCCUCAGCAUGGCUACUGGACUAUCAGGCUGAGAAAUGAAAAUGACUAUGAAGUUAAUGAUGAUGAUCCUGUCUGUCUGUCUCUGAAUCAGCCUCCUCAGAAGGUGGGAGUGUUUGUGGACAUUGACGAGGGUCUGGUCUGCUUUUAUGAUGUAGAUUCUGCAGAUCUCCUCCACUCCUUCACUGGCUGCUAUUUUACUGGGAAACUCUACCCAUACUUCAGUCCCUGUACUAAUGAUGGUGGUGUAAACUCUGCCCCUUUGAUCAUCUCUCCUGUCAAUCAGGAGACACAUGACACUGGUGACCAAAAAGAACUUGAAAGAAAAGCGCCUGAGCUGAAGAGCGUCCAACAGUUUGCAGUGGAUGUGACUCUGGAUCCUGACACAGCAAAUCCUCACCUCAUCCUGUCUGAUGAUGGGAAACAAGUACACCACAGUGAUGUGAAAAAGACAUUACCAAACAACCCUGAGAGAUUUUACAGUUUUGUGAACGUCUUAGGAAAGCAGAGUUUCUCUUCAGGAAAAUUUUACUACGAGGUUCAGGUUAAAGGGAAGACUGCCUGGACUGUGGGAGUGGCCAAACAGUCGAUCAAGAGGAAAAUCAAGAUCGCAGCAUGCCCACAGAAUGGUUUCUGGACCAUAAUGUUGACAAAUGAAGAUGUGUAUGAAGCCAAUGAUGAUGAUCCUGUCUGUCUGUCUCUGAAUCAGCCUCCUCAGAAGGUGGGAGUGUUUGUGGACUAUGACGAAGACCUGGUCUGCUUUUAUGAUGUAGAUUCUGCAGAUCUUAUCUACUCCUUCACUGGCUGCUAUUUUACUGGGAAACUCUACCCAUUCUUCAGCCCCUGUACUAAUGAUGGUGGUGUAAACUCUGCCCCUCUGAUCAUCUCUCCUGUCAAUCACCCACUGAGCCAUAAGACACAUGACUUUGAUUGUCAAACAGAAGAACAUGAAAAAAAGAAGACUGAGCUGAAGAGCCUCCAGCGGUUUGCAGUGGACGUGACUCUGGAUCCUGAUACAGCACACCGUGCGCUCUUCUUAUCUGCUGACGGGAAACAAGUGCAUGAUGGUGAUGUAUGGAAGGAAUUGCCAGACAACCCAGAGAGAUUUAACAGAUGUGUGAACGUCUUAGGAAAGCAGAGUUUUUCAUCUGGAAAAUUUUACUUUGAGGUUCAGGUUAAAGGGAAGACUGCCUGGACUAUAGGAGUCGCCAAGGAGUCGAUCCAAAGGAAGGGACGCAUCACACUGGAUCCUAAUAAUGGUUUCUGGACUAUUUGUCUGGAGGAUAGAGAUGAUUACCAGGCUGUUGAUGACCCUUUCGUUCAUCUCUCUCUGAAUCAGCCUCCUCAGAAGGUGGGAGUGUUUGUGAACUAUGAUGAGGGUCUGGUCUCCUUUUAUGAUGUAGAUUCUGCAGAUCUUCUCUACUGUUUUACCGGCUGCUCCUUCACUGAGAAACUCUACCCAUUCUUCAGUCCCUGUACUGAUGAUGGUGGUAUAAAUUCUGCCCCCUUGAUCAUUUGUCCUGUCAAUGACUUCAGUGAUCAGGAAGAACAUGAAAGAAAGAAGGCUGAGCUGAUGAGCGUCCAACAGUUUGCAGUGGACGUGACUCUGGAUCCUGAUACAGCCCAUCCUAAUCUCAUCCUGUCCGAUGAUGGGAAACAAGUACAUCAUGGUGAUGUGAGGAAGAACCUACCAGACAACCCUAACAGAUUUGACAAGCGUGUGAACGUCUUAGGAAAGCAGAGUUUCUCCUCAGGAAGAUUUUACUACGAGGUUCAGGUUAAAGGGAAGACUGCCUGGACUGUGGGAGUCGCCAAGGAGUCCAUGGAAAGGAAAGAAAGUAUUACAGUGAGUCCUGAAGGCGGUUUCUGGACCAUGUGGUUGAGGGAUGGCAACAGGUAUGAAGCUAAUGAUAACCCGUCAGUGCAUCUCUCUCUGAAGUCUAAUCCUCAGAAGGUGGGAGUGUUUGUAGAUUAUGACGAAGGUCUGGUCUCCUUCUAUGAUGUAGAUGCUGCAGAUCUUCUUUACUCCUUUACAAGCUGCUCCUUCACUGAGAAACUCCUUCCAUACUUCAGUCCCUGUACUAAUGACAAUGGAACAAACUCUGCCCCUCUGAUCAUUUGUCCUGUUAGUCACAGUGAUUAAUCACACUUGCAGGUGUUUCAGUUAUUCUAGUUGGAGUUCUGCUCAGCUUGGCCAGAGUUAAGCUGCAAAUCACAGCAAGUCACUGAGCCGAUCAUACAGCAGAUAUAAGAAUAAUAAAUGUCUACAUUGUCUCAUCUUAAAGCACAUUGUAAAGGUUUUAAAUUGUUUUGAUACCACAUUUUGAAGAGAAGGACUGACUUUGGAGUAUCUUGUACUCCAUUAGUACAAAGGCACAGAUGGACGCACUAGACUGCAGCUCAGGCUGCAACCCCAACUGGACCCAAGUCAGAGAGAGUUGUAACCAAGCUUGACCUGAACGCGACAGGCGUUCUGUUUUCUGUGUCUGAACUGAACCUGAGUGGGACACAGUUACUGGAAUGAAUUUUCAAAACUUUUCCGUAAUAUUUGACCUCAUUGCCAUGACUCCAUUAAAGUAGUUUAAAAUGGAUAAGCCUAUAUAGUGAUACAUCUUUUCCAGCUUUACCCACUUGUUAGACAUUCCCGCUGCCAACUAGUUGCAUUGCCUAAAGGCCAGACAGGCACAUCAGGGUACACAGGAAGUCAAUCCAGGCACUCAAAAAAUAUAGAAAACAAGGAAGGAAGUAUUAAAAAGCCUUUAUUAUAGUGGCUAAAUCAUUGACAGAGUUCUUUAAAUAAUUUAGUCAGCACAAUAAAAGCUUUUUAAUACGUCUGGACUAUCUUCUUGUGUAUGCUGUUGAUUUCCGCUCUCCAUGAGCACCUGGCAGGUUUUGAUCUCCGUUUGAUCACACAGAGCAAUCAGUCGUCUCUUUCUGAUUCCAGACGCGUAAGGGUACAAAAUGUCAAGGACAUGUCCCUUUUUGGGAGACAGAAAACCAAAGAUCCUGGAGCUGUCAAUGUCAUUUAACGUGUUUGGAUUUUAAUUUUGAUAAGUAUCUAUGCUUUUAUUCCUGUUAAACAUUUGUUUGACGUACAUGUCUAAUAAAUGUUUUGCAACCCUGCCGAAACCUGAGCGUUCGCAAUACCUUAUUUAAUAUGACUGCUCUCAUGUUCCUUUAGUCUCACUACGUCCAAGUGGAUCUAUGACCUAACACUGUAGUCAUAAUGAUGUGAUCUGGACAUUCACAUACAUGUUUGGAUCAUGAUACCUGGUGAUUCAAUAAUUUAAUUAAAUCAAAUACGGCGAUGACACAACACUGAUGUGGUCUGUGUGUAUCAAGUGAUACUAGUGACGUUUCAGUGGUCGCAAAGCACAGCACUUGAUUUUAAACUAGGAAUGCUCAGAUGUUGCAUAUUGUUAAGACGUUUUGGGAUUUUUACUUCAAACAAUUGCUAGAACAAUGUAUUUUCAAAACUAUUUCCAGGCCUGGAAAACAGUUUUUUUAAAUGUCAUAACUUUAACAGAGGUUUCAUGACCGGUGGAACCCUGAAAAUCACUCUGGUCCUGCUGCUCUUUACACUGCAGAGUCCAUUGUCUCGUGUCACUUUAACAAACUAAAAGCGACACAGCGAGGAAGCGGAUAUUCACUGGGAAGCGAAGCAUGAAACACCAUGUCAAGUAGGCCCAACCCAACUCGAACAUCAUUGGUAAACAGUUGUUUGAACUCGGCUCAACUGUCAGGUUCUGUCGCGUCAUUCUAGUAUGCACGCCAUUUCUAUCAACUGAAAAGGGAAAUCCAGUAUGACGUCCCUGGUCCACAGCUGGUGGCACUAAUGUUUAAGGUAACAUGGCAAUGCACGAUGAAAAAUGCAGUCUAUGUUUGAGAGAAACAGGUGCAACACAAGUGUGAUGAAGAUGUUCGCAUUAACAUGGAAACGAUGUCUCAUGUGGCAAAUGUUAAGGUGAAAACACCUCUCGGAGUGUUUCAUGGGUGUGAAGGGCCUUUAAAAUAGAAUCUAUGGGAGGGAAAAAAACCUGUACAGCUCUUAAUUAUAUAUAUAUAUAUAUAUAUCGUCCAUAUUUUUAUAUAUAUUUUUAACAUUUAAUUGUCAUUUUUUUUCAUGCUUCUGACUCCUGCUGUGCUUGAUUUUAUCUUUAAUAUUCUCUCACUAUGUGUAUUGUUUUGUACUAAACACCAAAGUGAAUUCCCUGCAUGUAAAAAUCUACUUGGCA